CGUCUAGGUUGAAGAGUGAAGGCAUCACACAUGUCAUCAGUAUUUCACGGCAGCCCCUUGCCUACUUUAAAAAUUCCAAUUUUUAGAGACGCCCUGACAAAGGCAACAGAUUGAAAAUGCAAAAAUGACGUGGAUAUUUGUUCCACCGUACCAUUUCCCAUUGGUAGUGUCAUUUCCCUGACCCCCUUCCUUCCUCGUCUGGAGACGGUGGCAAUGCUCCCCUUCCUCCCUGACAGUGACAAGGGUGGUCUCCAUGAAUGCCUCUCAGUGUAACGGCAACGACCUUUCUCAUACUCACUCAAUAGCACCGGUGCCGACGCUACCCGUCGUCCCUCAGCACAAUGACUGCGACUUACUUCGUCCUCCCUCGGCGCGAUAAUGGCGAUGGUGAUCCCAUCCUUUCCAGGCACAGCAGCAGCAGUGAUGACCCCAUUCUCGCUAGGAUAGACGAGGAACGUGGGCUCAACCUGCUAUCUGGUAACCUCUAUGGAGCCAUCCUGGACUCGCUCGUCCCCCACGCCCAUGGACCUUUCUUAGCACCGCGGCAACAACAUCCCAAAUUUUGUGUGUGUUUUUUUAAAAAAAAAAUCAGAACACUAAUAAACAUCUACUACUCCAACCUUUGCAAAAUUUUGAAAGACUAUAAACAUCAUAGGGUGAUAGGGGUCGUGGUAGGUGCAUAGCACAAUUCAGGUUGCCUCAUUUUCCCCUUCGUGUCUACACUCAACCAUGUUAGCUCGCCGGGAACCAAUCGAUGUUUUCUCUGCUAUCCAACACCGGCUGCAGAAGAUUGACACGAUGGUCGAAGAGAUGCAAAUGGAUCUUCGGACCUUGCACAGGUACGGCGGCGACGGUGAUGACGAUGGUCACGGCGACGGCGAAGAUGAGGAUGACGUUCUUGAUCUGGACCACAUCGAGCUCUGCUCCUUCAUGGAGCAGAUCAAAUCAGCCGUGCAGCUGGUGCGAGCAGCUCUGCAGGAGAAGGUGAUGCGGAUGACGACCAACACCCGCGGCGGCGAAGACGACGACGGCGGCGGCGACGAGGCGUUCCCUUCCGGCUCCGGCCACCUGAAGAGCGUCUUGGAGUCCCUGGACCCGCAGCUGAAGCAGUGCGCCCUUUGCCUCGCCGUGUUCCCGAGCGGCAAGGCGAUCAAGAGGAGGCUGCUCAUCCACUGGUGGAUCGGCGAGGGCAUCGUGCGGUCGGCCGCCGCCGGGAAGGCGUGCUUCCAGGACCUCCUCUCCCGGGGCCUCCUCCAGCCGGCGAUGCUCCGCCCACACUGCCACACGGCGCACUACUGCAGGGUCCACCCGUCGGUCCGGGACCUCCUCGUCGCGGCCGCGCGGAGCUUCAGCUACUUCGCCUUCGACCGAGACGGCGAACCCACCGACGAGUGCCUCCCCGGCACGACACGGCGCGUCACUCUGUGCAGGACCCGUGGUAGUAGCCGCCAUGGCGGCGGCGGCGGCGAGUAUGUCACGGUGUACAACCUGAGCCAGCGAUACUUGGAGAUGGACGAGGCGUGGCUGGGCGAGCAGCGGGGGAUGGGGACUCUCCAGCUCGGGCGGUGGCAGACGUCACCGGAGCACCACGUCGAGAUGGUCCGGCCGGAUGGUGUCCUGGGCGCCGCGGCGGCGGCGGCGUGCCGGAACCUCAGGUACCUUAGCCUCCGGGGCAUCUCGCUCGUCGAGUCGCUCCCGGAGUCCAUCGGCGACCUCCGCGACCUCGUCGUGCUCGACUUGAGGGCGUGCCACAACCUCGAGACCCUGCCGGCGUCCAUGGCGUCGCUGGGGAAGCUCGAGUACCUUGACGCGUCCGAGUGCUACCUGCUCGACCAAAUGCCCCACGGCGUCUGCAAGCUCCACCGGCUCCAGGUCCUAAAGGGCUUCGUGGUCGCCAGCGCCGCCGGUGGCAAGAAGAUCCCCCCGUGCCGCCUCGCCGACCUCGCGGCACUGCCGCUGCUACGGAAGCUGAGCGUCAGCACGGGGCGCCAGCUUCCCGUGGCGCCCGACGACGAGCUGCCGCGGCUGCACGGGUUCGCGGCAUUGGAGUCGCUGAGCGUGCGGUGGGGCGCCGCCGCAGCCCACGCCGGCGGCGGCGGGAGGAUGGAUCUGUCCCUCCUCCCCCGCCUCGCGAAGCUCGACCUGCGGCGCGUGCCGGCGGAGGAGCUGCAGGAGGUCGUGCACCCGGCGCGCGGCGGCGGCCUGAGGAAGCUGUGCGUCCGGGGCGGGAGGCUCCGCGCGUUCGGCGACGACGUGACGUGGGACGUCGUGGAGACGUUGCGGGUGAGGUUCCUGGAGCGUCUGGACUGUGAGUGGCGGCAGCUGAGGAGCACGUUCGGUAAGCUCCGGUUCGUCGACAAGCGGCGGUGUCCCAAGCUCAGCUCAUGGCGGUGCGACGCCCAGGGCAUCUGGAGAAGGGAAGAAGACGACGGAGGCGAUCGAAACUGAGCAAGCUUUCAAAAUGCGACCAUCGGCCUUAUCGAGAAAUCCAUUCGAUUAGGAACUAUUUACGGAUUGUUUGGCAAGAGGAGUGAAAGUUUGGACGAGAAAAUUGAUGAUGUGAUUAAUAUGGGGCUAUAAUUUUUAGUCU